AUGUACCGAAAUUCCCCAAACCCAAACGUUCCCGGUGGAAAAUCGCCCGCAGAAUGCAUGUUUGGACGGAAAAUUAGGACUACUUACGAUAGUCUUAGGCCCAAGAGGAAGGACGCCCGAAAUGCAGCAAAUGAGACAUUGGUGACGCGGUUUACGCAAGAAACUUUCAAGUGGUGCUGUCCUGGGCAAGAAAAGAAAUGUGAUCUACAAAGUCGACGUUGGAAAAGAAAUUUGGAGAAGACAUCAACCAACUACGACCAAACCACAUUCAAACUCAAUACCGGCAAGAAGCAGAAAAAUUUCAGUGGGACAUCUUGUUGGACACGUUCGGUUUGGACGAUGAAAAUGUUUGACCUCUCGAAUUAUCCCAGUACAUGA